UUUCAUAAUGAGAAACUCUUUUCUCAUUUGAAGGAUUGGCUCUUUCCUGAAAAAGCUUGGUAGGACCUGAUAUUUGAACACUCAGUCACAUGCAGCAGUACCAGGCACAUGGAGGACAGCUGACUACACAGAACCAGGGAUUUGGGCUUUGCGAUGGAACAAAUAUGGUUGCUCCUGUUUCUAACAAUUAGAAUUCUUCCGGGGUCUGCUCAGUUCAAUGGCUAUAACUGUGAUGCCAGCCUCCACAGUAGAUUUCCUGCUGAACGAGACAUAAGUGUCUACUGUGGGGUGCAGGCCAUUACAAUGAAGAUUAAUUUUUGCACGGUACUUUUCUCGGGUUACUCUGAAACGGAUCUGGCACUGAAUGGAAGGCAUGGAGAUUCCCACUGCAGGGGCUUCAUCAAUAACAACACCUUUCCAGCAGUGGUCAUUUUCAUCAUCAAUCUUAGCACCUUGGAGGGCUGUGGAAACAACUUAGUGGUAUCCACAAUUCCUGGAGUCAGUGCUUAUGGAAACACAUCUUCAGUACAAAUAGGAAAUAUUUCGGGAUACAUUGAUACUCCAGAUCCACCAACAAUCAUCAGCUAUCUACCUGGGCUUCUUUACAAAUUUAGUUGCAGCUAUCCACUGGAAUAUUUGGUUAAUAAUACGCAGCUUGCCUCGUCCUCAGCUGCUAUUUCUGUGAGAGAGAACAAUGGAACAUUUGUCAGCACUUUGAACCUGCUCCUGUAUAAUGAUUCAACCUACAGAGAGCAGCUGGUUAUUCCCAACAUAGGAUUACCUUUGAAAACCAAAGUGUUUGCAGCUGUACAGGCCACUAACCUGGAUGGCAGAUGGAACGUCCUGAUGGAUUAUUGCUACACAACCCCAUCGGGAAACCCAAAUGAUGAUAUUCGCUAUGAUCUCUUCCUUAGCUGUGACAAAGAUCCUCAGACUACUGUCAUUGAAAAUGGCCGAAGCCAGCGGGGCCGAUUUUCCUUUGAAGUGUUCCGAUUUGUGAAGCACAAGAAUCAGAAGAUGUCUACUGUCUUCCUGCACUGCGUUACCAAGCUCUGCAGAGCUGAUGAUUGUCCGUUGCUUAUGCCAAUUUGUGGCCAUAGAAAGAGGAGAGACGCAGGGAUGAGGACGACUCUGAGCCCCCACAGCACUUCUGGAAAUGCUGUCCUCUCUGCUGGCCCCAUUAUUACUCGAAGUGAUGAGACUCCAACAAAUAAUUCACAGAUUGGUUCCCUGAGUGUGCCUCAUUUCCAGUUGAACACCAUCACCAGUGCGCUGAUCUCAGGAUUAGUCAUUCUGGGAGUCAUGACUUUUUCUCUUCUCCUGUGCUCACUGGUCCUCCUACGCAGAAAGGGACCCACCAGUUUGGUGUUAAAUGGCAUAAGAAAUCCAGUCUUUGAUUAACAGUAGCAAGUACCUAUUUUAAGGAGAAGGUUUCAAAGAUAAUACUGUAUGGGACUACA